AUGUUGGGUCGGCUCUUUAAACAAAACCCGUCCAACAGCUUCCACCAUCACCACAACAACCCCAACACCACCACGUCAUCGUCAUCAACAGCGUCGUACAACAAUCUCGGAGCCGCAUCCAUAAACGCAUCCUCUAUGGUCUCGUUCGAGGACACAUACGCCAGAGAAAUAUUGUACGGAACAAACAACGCCAACCAGCUCAAACCAUACGUGAUCAACAACAAGUUUUUCCGGAUCCUCAUCUCACAGGAUGGGGGCAGUCUCCGUGCUAAGCAAGUGCUUUAUGAUUCGGCCUCGGACUCGCAAUCCCCCAAUGCAUCUACACCAACUUCACCCACGGCCACAGCGUACAACUGUAAACCCUUCUGUAGACCGAAUCUGCUCAACAGAAACAUAAUGACAUCAAAAGUUUACCACAAUAGCAGCGAACUCAACGACUACAUGUUUGGCUGUGGCUUGCCAUCCAACGAGACAAACUGCGCUACUAAAGUGCACAUUCUUCCAGUUCUCACCAACUCCGUCUGUGGACCGUACAACUCUGUUUUGGUGACGAGACUAUUCUCCAUCAGUGACUUUGAAGCCAGCGAACAGUGCUCGGAUUUGUCGAGAUUGUCCUUGGACCUGAGCUGGAACCCUUCUCCGACUAUACGAGUGGGCAACACAAACAUCAGAAAACAUCUAUUUGCGAAGGCUUCUUGCAACGAAAACAACAACAAGAACAACUUCAACAGCCGGUUUGCCAUCAGUGUAGUGAUUCCACUCGAAUCGAUAAAUGAUAUCAACGACGUGAUCUUCAAUAACUGGGAGGAGAUUUCUCAUUUCAUGGUCGUGAUGCAAAAGAUAGUGUACAAGAAAUUGAUUAUGCACCUUAAUAACGACUCCUUUUACGAUAAUGACAACAAACUCACCUCAUGCCCAUAUCUUAUAAACAAAAGAAUUCAGUUUCCCAGCUACAUGUUGCAAGGAGAGGACAUAGGUUCCCAGCUCUUCAAGUUGAUCAAAUUGAUCUACUACAAUGCCAACAUACCCAAGAUCAUCAACUGCAACUACCUCAUCAAGUCAGCCAUUAAGAACGAGAAAUCUCAGUAUAAUCCGAUGUUGUUGAACUGGGUGCUAGAGAUUUUGAACUGGCUCGAGUUCAAGGAUGGGAAAAACUUGGGAAAUACAGAUCUUACUGCUUUGAAUGGAACAUGCAACAAUAACACUUUCUUGGCGAGUUUGUUAGCGUUGUUGAUUCCGUAUAGAAAGCUGUUGGGUAUUAGGCCAUAUCACCAUGUUCCUAAUUCAAAGAAUAGAGAAAUAACCAGAGUGGUGAUCAUGACUGGAAAUCCUGUAGUGGCGAAGAAGUUGAUCUUUAUCAUCAACGGCAUAAUACCUUACAGUCCGUCAGCUAAACUUUCACUGUACGAAAAGAAUGGUAACGAUUCAUUCAACGAAGUAAAUGAGAACGACGAUGACAACUCUAGCAAAAAGAGUUCUCCUUUGAAUGCUUCUAGCCAUCCUAUACCAAUAAAGCCCACGAGUUUGGCUAAUUCGUACGAAUCGUCUGACAAUUCAUUUUUGGGAUCUACUCCUUCAGUUAAAGGCUGGGAGAUUCCCAGUAAAUCCUCAGCAAGUACGACAACUACGACUCCGAACAAACAGAUAGAACUGGCUAUGAAAGGAAUUCCAAUUGCAAAGGCUUCCAUGACAACAGCAGUUGAUGGAACUAACUAUCCAUCUUCGUUAUCCAAAAGUUCAUCUAUGGCUCAUCUUUCAUCUUCAUUAAAUUCUUCGUCCUCUUCUUCGUAUUCAAACUAUUCAUUGUCGAAAAUUGGAGGUAGUUUCAUGGAAAAGUGGAAGAAUUCGUUUGGUGCUUCUUACACAAGCAACUCGAUGCAUUCUAUUCCUUAUUCCAAUUCCAAUAACUCAAAUCCUUCUGGAGCUACAUAUUUUCCCAACAGUGACUUUGCUCCUCCUGCUUCUUAUGGUAGUUUGUCAAAGAGGACUUCUAUCCAAUCUAUGAGAACUCCAUCGCCAGCAAUUGAAUAUGAAGAGUUUCAAUGGCAGCCCACGACGCCUAUGUCCAUUGCAAAUAACAUAUCUCAUUCUUCCAACAACAGCCAACAUGGCACUAUUGUGGGAACACCCACGAAAUUGUCGAGAACUCAGUCGAUGUACGACCUUUACAAUAUGAAUAGCAAUGGAAACAACGUUAUGAAUGAAGAAAGCUACAACGAUGGCUCAGCUACAAAUUCACACAUGAAGAAUAUCACAAUCAAGAGGGCUAAGUCGAGUGUCUAUGCACCUUUGGUUGACGACAUUGCAGUCAAGAACAUCACAGAACAUAACAAGAGUGUCAUCAAACUGAAAUGUGAAGAGAUAAUGAAAUUGAGGUACAGUGUCAAGAAUUCUCACAACUCAAUUUUAGAGAUAAAUCCAAUUAAGACAAAACCUAAGGUCGAAACUCAUUAUAUUGAUAUAGACGAAGCAGAGAUGCUUAAGAACAAGCCCUUGCUUCCUAUUGUUGCUUUCACAGACGAGUUUAGAUCGGAAUUUAGCAUUCAGUCGUGUCCAGUCAACCCCAAGUUGGAGACACAGGUUACCAACUGUAUGAAGAACGAUUUGAUGUUUUACCAGAAUAACUAUGACUACGAAAGUAUCACAUCGAGAACUGUUUUCAUCAGCUUAAGAGCCAGAGAAAUCAAGGUUAUCGAGAUGAAUAUCAACAACGACAAUUCACCGCAAGACUCGACUAUAAGCAAUGAGACGAACCAACCUUUGAAUUCA